AUGGUGAAGAUCACCGCGUUGAUGGUCCUGAAAUGCUCUCCGGAUGGUUCGGAUCCGAUUAUUUUGUCGAACGCGUCCGAUCUAAGCGGUUUCGGGUUUUUUCAACGGCCCAGUGUUAAGGAGUUCAUCGUUUUCGUGGGUCGGACCGUAGCUAAACGGACACCGCCGGGCCAGAGGCAGUCGGUGCAGCAUGAAGAAUACAAGGUUCAUUCGUACAACCAAAAUGGCUUGUGCGCGUUGGGUUUUAUGGAUGAUCACUAUCCUGUCCGAAGUGCAUUUUCUUUGCUCAACCAGGUCUUGGAUGAAUAUCAAAAGAGCUUUGGUGAUUCAUGGAAAACUGUGCAAGCAGAUAAUGCCCAACAAUGGCCUUAUCUAGCUGAGGCGCUGACCAAGUUUCAGGAUCCUGCUGAGGCUGACAAGUUGUUGAGAAUUCAGCGGGAAUUGGAUGAAACUAAAAUUAUUCUUCACAAGACUAUAGACAGUGUCUUAGCUCGAGGUGAGAAGUUAGACAGUUUGGUUGAUAAGAGUUCAGAUCUCAGUGCAGCUUCUCAGAUGUUCUACAAGCAGGCUAAGAAAACCAACCAGUGUUGUACGAUCUUGUAG